AUGUUUAUUGCUUUUUCUAUUAUUUUAUUUUAAUAAAUAUUUAUUUGCAUAUUUCACAGAAUUGGUUGUACAAUACUAAAGUAGCCUCGCUAAUAGGGGAAUAAGUGUGUGUUCCAAAAAUGUAACAAAUAGUAGUUUGAGAUUACAGUAAGACAGCCAACCAUAAUCAGAAUAGACCAGAACACUAAUAAGAUUUUGAAUAGAUUAUGA